GGUGGUGAUAUCGCUGCACCCCUCAAAGUGGCCUCCCUCAUUUAUUGAGUUGGAAGCUCUCUAGAUUUUCCAUAUCUCGCAAUCAAGAUAAACUGAUCUCCUUCUCAUUCAUUUCUCUCCAAAGGACAAACUGCAGUUUCUUCCUUCAAUCCACUGCGCCACUGGCUUGCUUUCUUUCUUGCUUUUUUUUUUUUCUGAUCUUUUUUCCUCUCCUACUGCACCAGAGAGAGGGGAGUUGGAGUUGGUUGUUGUUUUGAGGAGUUUCGAGUCCAAAUAGAGCUGUAGAGAUAGGAUUUUGGGUGGGAGAAGUGGGUAAAAAAUGGAGGUGAUUCAUUGGUGUUGGGUUGUGGUGGGUGUUGUGAUGGGGUGGUGUUGGUAUAAGAGCAUCAAGAACAAGGCGAAGGAGGAGGGAAGUGGGGUUCCCAGAGGAAACCCUGGUUGGCCAGUAAUAGGAGAGACUCUUGACUUCAUUGCUUCUGGUUGGAGCUCUCGACCAGUCAGCUUCAUGGAGAAGCGCAAGUCUCGAUAUGGGAAGGUGUUCAAGACAAACAUAUUGGGAAAGCCGGUGAUAGUGUCGACGGAUCCGGAGGUGAACAAGGUGGUUCUGCAGAACAUUGGGAAUGUAUUUAUCCCUGCCUAUCCCCAAACCAUCACGGAGAUACUUGGAGAAUCAUCUAUACUCCAGAUGAACGGCAGUCUGCAGAAGAGAGUGCAUGCACUGCUUGGUGGCUUCUUGAGAUCACCACAACUCAAAGCUCGAAUCACCCGUGACAUUGAACGCUAUGUCAAACUCACCCUUGAUUCUUGGAAAGACCAGCACAUUGUUUACGUCCAAGAUGAAGUCAGAAAGAUCACGUUUGACGUUCUGGUUAGAGUUCUGGUGAGCAUUACUCCAGGUGAAGAUUUGAACUUUAUGAAGAGAGAAUUCGCAGAAGUCAUCAAAGGCUUGAUUUGUCUCCCAAUUAAACUUCCCGGAACUAGACUAUAUAAAUCUCUCAAGGCUAAGGAGAGGCUGUUGAAGCUGGUGAGAAGGAUCGUGGAGGAGAGGAAGGCAGCCAUGGAUAGAGGUGAUCAUGAGACCCUCAAGGGUCCACCCAACGAUGCCGUGGACGUGCUGCUCCGUGACACAGGGGAUUCAUCUGAGACGUCGCGUCUGUCGUUGGAUUUCAUCAGUUCGAAUAUGAUCGAGAUGAUGAUCCCCGGGGAGGAGACUCUGCCGACCGCCAUGACCCUGGCCGUCAAAUUUCUAAGUGACUGCCCCGUCGCUCUGAACCAGCUGAUGGAGGAGAACAUGGAGUUAAAGAAGGGAAAGGCUCUUUCCGGGGAGGAUUAUGCCUGGACUGACUACAUGUGCUUGCCAUUUACUCAAAAUGUGAUCAAUGAAACUCUGAGAAUGGCAAAUAUCAUAAAUGCGGUUUGGAGAAAAGCUGUUAAAGAUGUCAAAAUCAAAGAUUACCUGAUACCAGAGGGAUGGGGUGUCAUGGCAUCUUUCACUUCCAUUCACAUGGAUGAAGAGAAUUAUGAAAACCCUUAUCAGUUCAAUCCAUGGAGAUGGGAGAAGGCAGCUAGUGUCAACAACAACAAUAGCUAUACACCCUUCGGAGGUGGACAGAGGCUGUGCCCUGGUUUAGAAUUAUCGAAACUCGAAAUCUCAAUUUUUCUUCAUCAUCUCGUCACCACCUACCGGUGGGUGGCUAAGAAGGACGACGUAGUUUACUUUCCAACAGUGAAGAUGAGGAAGAAGUUACCCAUCACCGUCACACCCUUACCACCCCUUUGAGUUUGCAGGCCUACUCUUGGGGAAUCACAUUUUGGGUUGGCCUAAAAGGGGAUUGUAUGCAUGCACAAAGUCUCCCUUAAUAAAUAAAGGACGGAUUGGAUUCUAAUUCUAAA